CUGGCCAAAUAAAUACCAUUCGCAUCUCGGCUUCGGAAGUGCCAACAUGGUUUCAGCGGAGUCCCUUAACUUAUAUUCACAAGAAUAACGUGCCAGAUUUUAUGACGAACAAGUUACGCAAAAUUCCCUUUAUAAAACUAUACUAAACGUGCCUAUUCCAUCCAACUGACGAACGAAUGGAAAGAGUAUAAAUAUUUAAAAUUCCCUUGUUGUGUCGCGUUAAAUUUUUGUUUUGUGCUAAUAAUAAAAUUUAUAUAACACUACUCUUGUAAAUCGUAAACUUUGCUGGGUAUAAAGUCGAAGUUGGGUAGGCAUACGGGAGUGUUUCAAAUAGCAAAUAAUAUAAGAUUCGUAAUUAUUCGUAAAGUAAAUUAUUUUAUGUUUAAUGUACAAUGUUGAAAUGAAUGAGUUCAAAUGUACAGCGGCAGCGACGGCACGAGGCAUCAUCUGAAUAGACCGACUUAACUGACAACGUAGGGUAUCACUAUUGUUACCAAAAGAGGAUAACCAUUCGUUUUUGGAGUGGAUUUUUAUGUAGUACAUCCUUUGGAAUCCUUGCCAAAGAAAAAUAAACUUGAUUUAUAUUCAACGCAUGGUACCGAAUGUCGGUAACUUAUGAUGAAAACUACAAAUAUAUGCGAAUUACAAGUUGGACAGGAUACAAAAAAUUGCAAAAAUACAUCCUCGGUGGUGGUUGGGGUAGGGGCUUGACGCUGAACUGAAACUGGCACUGCUCCUGGCACUGGCACUGAAUCUGGGUGUCCUUUGAAUUCUUGGCUAUUGGUUUCGAAUGUUGUCGUCGUUGUCGACGUCGUCCACAACGACACAAACUUUGACUUGGAUGCCGUCGUCGCCUUGGUUGAAGUUGUUCAACUUUUAUCGGUUGUGUCGUCCUGGCCGUCUUCAUCUUCGUCCUUGCUGUUGUAGUAGUUGUUGUAGUUGUCUGGUACGGAAAACAUAUUGACUCGGCAAAGUCCUUUGCUUUUUUUGUGCUGAUAAUUCAAAUUAUUCAGUUUAGUGUUUGUGUGUUGAGUGAGGGUGGCGUGUGGUAUAUGGGGUUUGAGGCUCUGAGUUGGCCAGAAAAAUAAAAUAAAAUAAAAUUAUAUUCUCAUAGUGUAUAAAAAGAUAUCGUAAAAUGAACCAGAUAAAUCGAAGACGUCGUCAAACUGCAGAGCCCUUUGACUGUCUGAGACCUGUAAUACGGUUUUUUGGCAUCAUAACUGCUGUAGUUAUAUGCGGAGUUGGAGUGGAUGUUUACGUACAUGGCUAUACAUCGGGCAUCUUUAUAUUAUUAGGAUCUUUUUUGGUUCUGAUUUUCGAGAUAAAGUGGGUUAUAACACUAUUCCUGCAUCUACUUUUUGCUAGUGAUGGUGGAUAUUCGGAUUGUGUUCAAUGUUGGAGCGUUUGUAAGAUAGCUGGAGGUUGGAGAUUAUCUCCAUUCUAUUUUGCCUUUGGUACUGCAUUAAUCAUGUGGCCAAAUAAUCUAUGGUUAAGCUAUGUAGCUGGAAUAUUAUUGAUGUUUUUGGCCUCAUUGAGACUCUGCACACUGUUUCGCCUUAGCAAUAAUCUUAAAGAUGAGGGUCUUUUGCCACAUUGUGAAUUUGAAAAAGUUGAUGGUUUUGCGGAUGUUGCAGAUGAUAUAAUGCAGGAAGGAUGCCAAAGCCUUGAAGAUGAAGAGCCCAUAGAUGAUGUUUGCUAACUGUAAAAUGUAACAUGAAGAAGGAAAAAAAAAGUGUUUUUGUACAAAAUUAUCGACUAUCAAAUAUUUUUAUACCAAUUUAAAAGACAAUAAAAACCAAAAAGUUUAAUAAAAUGU